AUGCUUUUAGGUAAUAAUGAGGCAUGCUCUUUUAUUAAUGAUGAUAAUAAUAAUGGCGAAUUAGAUACUAGUGUAGACAUAUCAAGUUCUGGUAGAAUUCAUUUAGAUCCUUGUUUUGAAAAAAUUAAAGCAUCAAAUGGAUAUGGAAGAACAAAAGUCAGAUGUAGUGUUUGUUUUCUUAAUAAAAAGACAGUAUUAAUGAAUACUAAACUACGCAAUAAACUUCCGGCUAUAUGUUCCGAAGAAGGAACGAUUCCAAGAAACGAACUUUUAAAUAAUCAUUUAACAUCGACUAUGCACAAAGAAUGUAUAAAAGUUCACCAUCUUAGUAAAUUAUCUAAUGUUCAAAAAUCAUUUAUAGCACCAAUGGACAAAAUCGUUUCAACACAGAACCAUAAAUUGUCACAAAAAAUUGCAGAACUUAUGUGUACAGUUUUCAACGAUGCAAAACGAGGCACUCUUAGUGGAUGGUCAUGGCCUUCGAGAGAAGUAGCAGCUCUUAAAAGAAAAUCUCUAAAUAUCCAUGAACCGUUUGAAGAGUAUACACCUCAAAAUGGUGAUUUACAAUACAUUAAUCCCACUGGUUAUAGAGAUUUAUUAAAGUGCAUUGUUCGAUCAGAUAUUAAUCGAAUUUGCAACAAAUUAGAAACCAGUCUUGCAAUUUCACUACGUGUAGAUGGGUCUGUUGAUCGUAUGCAGAUAGAUAAUAUUCACGUAUUGGCAAAAAUUGUCAAUUCUGAUGGUGAUACAGAAUUAAUUUUUAUUGGUUUCCAUGAACCUGAAUCAAAAGGAGCUAUAGGUUAUUAUAAUGCAAUAAAAUCAGCAACAGAACAUGUAAUACCUUGGGAUAAAUUAAUGCCAUUAAUUUCAUCAAUUGUUACUGAUGGCGCAUCAAUUAAUACUGGAGAAAAAAAUGGUCUUUGGCAACUUUUAGAAAAAGACAAAAAAUCAUUGCCUAUUCCAUUGUUAAAAGUUUGGUGUGCAGUGCAUAGAAGUGCAUUGGCAUGGGAAAGUUUAACUUCAAAUGUUAUUGAAAUCAAAAAAUUAAUUGAGUCAUGUUCAUCAAUUUCAACAUAUUUUCAUAGAUCUGGGUUGAGAACAAAAGAACUUCAUCAAGUAGCAGAGGAAAAUAAUCUUACUAUAAUUCGUUUACCUAAAUAUUUUGAAGUCCGUUGA